AUGAAGUGCUUAGAAACAGAACCGCAGCAGUGCGCUCUGGAUCUGGAUCUGGAUCUGGAUGGUGUGCCCCGGUGGUGCAGUGGUAGAAGUCCACGCUUGCAACACCAAGCCCAGUUCGAAUCCCCCUGUGGCAAGGUUGACUAUCGUCAGAAAGCUGCAGCAGCAGGUAGAAUUCCAACAAACUAUCUAAGACGAGAACUUGGUACUACUGAUAAAGAAAUUCUUACAAGCAGAGUAAUAGAUAGGUCAAUCAGACCGCUCUUCCCAGUAGGCUAUUUUUAUGAUACACAGAUCCUUUGUAAUCUUUUAGCAGUAGAUGGUGUCAAUGAUCCUGAUAUUCUGGCAAUUAAUGGAGCUUCUGCAGCUCUUGCUUUAUCUGAUAUCCCAUGGAAUGGUCCUGUUGGUGCAGUAAGGGUAGGACUGGUUGAUGGAGAAACUGUAAUCAAUCCAACACGAAAGCAGAUGUCUUCUAGCACUUUGAAUUUAGUUGUUGCUGCAGCCCCACAGAACCAAGUUGUUAUGUUGGAAGCAACUGCUGAGAAUAUACUGCAGCAAGAUUUCUGUCACGCAAUCAAAGUAGGGGUGAAGCAAACCCAGCACAUAAUUCAAGGAAUUCAACAGCUAGUGAAAGAGCGUGGUGUUGUCAAGAGAACUGUUCAGAAAUUAUUUGUUGCUCCUGAAGAGAUUGUGGAAAGUGCAAAGAAACUUGCUUUUAACAAGGUCUAUGCUGUGUUCACAGAUUUUAGCCAUGAUAAAAUUUCUAGAGAUGAAGCAAUUAACAAAAUAAGGCUUGAAACAGAAGAGCAGCUGAAAGAAAAAUUUCCAGAGGCUGAGCCUUAUGAAAUCAUGGAAUCUUUCAAUGCAGUCUCAAAGGAUAUCUUUAGAAAUCUUAUUCUGAAUGAAUACAGAAGGUGUGAUGGGAGAGAUUUGACUUCACUCAGAGAUAUUAAAUGUGAAGUGAACAUGUUUAAAAUGCUUCAUGGAUCUGCCUUAUUUCAGAGAGGUCAAACACAGGUUCUCUGCACUGUUACAUUUGACUCCAUAGAAUCAAGUGUAAAAUCAGAUCUCAUCUCAACAGCUGUGAGUGGAAUAAAAGACAAGAACUUCAUGCUUCAUUAUGAGUUUCCUCCGUAUGCAACUAAUGAGAUUGGCAAGGUUACUGGUGUGAAUAGAAGAGAACUUGGACAUGGUGCACUGGCAGAGAGAGCAUUGAAACCAAUUAUUCCCCAGGAUUUUCCAUUCACAAUACGAGUUACUUCUGAAGUCUUAGAGUCAAAUGGGUCUUCGUCAAUGGCUUCUGCAUGUGGUGGAAGUCUGGCAUUAAUGGAUGCAGGAGUUCCUGUAUCAAGUGCAGUGGCAGGUGUAGCAGUAGGUCUUGUUACCAAAUAUGAUCUGGAAGGAAAAGAUCUUGAGGAUUACCGUUUGCUGACAGACAUCCUGGGAAUUGAAGACUAUUACGGUGAUAUGGAUUUCAAGCUGGCAGGUACUAGUAAAGGAGUAACUGCCUUGCAGGUUGAUCUAAAACUACCAGGAAUACCAAUAAAAAUUAUCAUGGAAGCUAUUCAGCAAGCUACAGCUGCUAAGAGGGAGAUCUUACAAAUCAUGAAUGAAACACUGGCAAAACCCAGGCCUAACAGAAAAGAAAGUGGACCAGUUGUAGAAACCAUACACGUUCCAUUAUCUAAAAGGCUAAGAUUCCUUGGUCCUGGGGCCUAUAAUUUGAAGAAGUUGCAAGCAAAGACUGGUGUAACAUUAAGUCAGCUGGAUGAAGAGACAUACUCUAUGUUUGCUCCCACACCUAGUGCUAUGCAUGAAGCAAGAGAAUUUAUCGGUGAACUCUGCAAAGAUGAUCAGGAAAUUAAUUUGGAAUUUGGUGCGGUUUAUACAGCCACAAUAACUGAAAUAAGAGAUUCUGGAGUGAUGGUGAAAUUGUAUCCAAACAUGACACCAGUGUUACUUCAUAAUUCGCAACUUGAUCAAAGGAAGAUCAAACAUCCUAGUGCCCUGGGAUUAGAAGUUGGACAAGAAAUCCAGGUUAAGUACUUUGGACGUGACCCAACUGAUGGUAGAAUGAGGCUUUCACGCAAAGUUCUGCAGUCACCAGCCACGACUGUGCUUAAAACCCUUACGGACAAAAAUAGUAUUGUCCUGGGAAGUACUGCUCCAGAGUCAUCUACUUCACAGUGAUAAGACUUCUUCCUGAAAAUAUAAGCCAUCUUCACCUGUGUCUGCAGAUGUCUUCACAAGAAUCUGAAUAUGGAUAGGAGUAAACCAUGUUUUUAAAACAGUUGCUGUUCACGCUUAAAGGUGAUGUGGAACAUCAAAGUCUUCAAACUGACUGAAACACCAUUCAAAAAAAAAACAGAAACAAGCAAUGCUCCUACCUUAUGUAUCAUGGGUGAGAAUCUAGAAGCAUGGAAUUGUCUAGAUCAAAGAGCAGAUUGCUGCUUUAUUUUUUUUUUUCUACAAUUGCUUCAUCUGUCAAGAUUUUCUUCUUGCUGUCAUCUCAAGAUAAAAUGUGUAAAGAUGAGAAGUGCUGAAAAAGUACUUCUGGAAGAAGGAAUUAGCCUGUGAAUUUGGUCAGUGAGGUAUGUUAGCAGUUGAGGUGUACUUGGCCAAACCAAGUUCUACUGGCAUGUCAGACUACACGACUGAAAUGUUGAGCAAAAUGUGUAAACCUAAAGAUUAUCACCUUUAUCAUGACUGUUUCGGAUAAAUACAUCAAUGACUGCCAUAGGAUUCAAAAUCACUAAAAUUGAUUGUGUUAUGUUGUCAGACUUACUGAUCUUUGGAAUGUCAAAAUAUUUCCCAGGGUCUCCCUAGAACUUCUUGUUCUUGUACUGUGAAAUACAGACCUUAAAAAUG